AAAAAAAACCCCCCUCCAGAAACCAGUCCUAAAUAUAAUUGUAGUUCACCAUUUUCAUUUUCUUCAAAUGGGUUUUCUUCCGAGCUUCGUUUUGGUCACAGUUUGUGUGCUUUUCAGCGUUGCCACAUCUUGCUCCAAUGGGAAGUGCCGGCUUCUGGAUGAAUGUUCAAAUGAUGGAGAUUGCGAAUCUGGGCUGUAUUGUUUUUCUUGUCCACAAGGAUUUUCAGGCACUAGGUGUGUGAGAUCAACAGCUACAAACCAAUUCAAGCUCGUGAACAAUUCUCUACCUUUCAACAAAUAUGCAUUCUUGACAACUCACAACGCUUUCGCAAUUGAUGAUGGAGCACCUCGAUUAACCGUGACAAAUCAAGAAGAUAGCGUCACUCAACAGCUAAACAACGGAGUUCGGGGCUUAAUGCUCGAUGCCUAUGAUUUUCAAGGAGAUGUUUGGUUGUGCCAUUCUUUUGGGGGAAAAUGCCAUAUCUACACUGCUUUUAGAUCGGCUAUAGAAACACUCAAGGAAAUUGAAGCAUUCCUAUCAGCAAAUCCGACAGAAAUUGUGACAUUGAUCUUGGAAGAUUAUGUCAAAGCCCCAAACGGAUUGACAAAGGUGUUCACACAAGCUGGGCUAAUGAAAUAUUGGUUUCCAGUGACAAAUAUGCCCAAAAGUGAUCAAGACUGGCCGCUGGUCAGUGAUAUGGUUGCUAAAAACCAAAGGCUAAUUGUGUUCACUUCCAUCAAAUCCAAAGAAGAAACCGAAGGAAUUGCAUACCAAUGGAACUACAUGGUUGAAAAUAACUAUGGGGAUAAAGGAAUGGAAGCGGGAAGUUGUUCCAAUAGAGUAGAAUCGUCACCACUUGAUGACAAAAGCAAAUCUUUGGUUUUGGUUAACCAUUUUAAUUCUGCUCCCAUUAAGCAACUGAUUUGCGAAAAUAAUUCUGCUGAUCUUAUUAAAAUGCUCCAAACUUGUUAUGGCUCUGCUGGCAACCGGUGGGCUAAUUUCGUCGCCGUCGAUUUUUACAAGAGGAGUGAAGGAGGAGGAGCAUUUCAAGCUGUAGAUACGCUUAAUGGGAAGCUAUUGUGUGGAUGUGAUGACAUACAUGCAUGCAUGCUAGAAUCAACGUCCGGAGUCUGCGGCUCCUAGUAACAAUGUGUAUGGUAAUGAAUCCCAAAAUGUUUUGACAAGGGACAAUACCUCUAUUGGAGAUUGCCAUAUUGGUAGCUAGCUAGCAUAAACGGAAG